AUGGCCAUGGAAGACACGCGUGCUCUAGAUACAGCUUGGAUUAUCGAGCGUGCCGACGAAGUUCGUCGAACUGGAGCGACUAUCAUUCCAAAUGUCCUGCCAGUCGAUAAAAUCGAUGAACUUAAUCGAGUUUUUCAACCAUUAUUGAAAGAAACCGAAUGUCUCGAAGACGGAGCAGGCAAUCGUGGACCACACCGAUACUACAUCACACCACCAUUUCAACCACCGUGGACAGAUGCGUCAAUUAUCAAUAACGAUAUUAUUCUAGCUAUUGUUUCUGAAUUAGUCGGCACAGAUGGUGUAUUUUGUCAACUGGCAACAGACACGCCAUGUUUAGGUUCCGAGUAUCAAGAUUUACAUCGUGAUACACAAUCACUUUUUCCUGAAUGGGAACAAGAACCGCCACCCUACCAAUUAGCUGUGAACUUUCCUCUGGUGGAUUGUCAUGAAGAAAAUGGACCGUUCGAAAUGGCACCAUCGACACAUCUGUUACCGAAAGAAGAAGCAAUUCGUCGAAUUGAAUCUGGUGAAAUAUCAUUACAACAGGUUCUCAUGAAACGGGGUGAUAUUCUUAUUCGAGACGUUCGACAUAUACAUCGAGGAACACCAAACCGUACGAAUGAGCCACGGCCUAUGGUUGUACUCGGUUAUAGCCGACGUUGGUUAUUUCGACCAGAAGUUCAAAUACGUGUUGCUCGAGAAGUGUUAGAACAAGUGCCAGCAAGAACACGUCAAUGGCUACGAUUUAAUCCCGUAUUUAACACUUUAGAAGAAGCACAAAAAGACAAAGAAUUGUAUCGUUCAUUUGCUUAUUGA